GCAAAUAAUUUACCUCAUACUGGAAUAUCUAAGAGAAGGCCUCUUGAAAUGCUGACAAUAUCAAAUAUAGUAUUUGAACAAGCAUCAGAAUUAUGUGUAGGGAUGAAUGAAAUCAAGAAAGAAAGUUGGAUAAAAAUGGUGAUAUUUACAAGUAUAUAUUUGUAUGCCAGCACACUAAAAAGUUUUAUUCAAACAAAACAAGCAUCAACCCCUCACAGCAAUAUAACAGAGUCGAUCAAGAAAAGUUGA